AUGGACGAUCUCUAUGAUGAGUUUGGUAACUACAUCGGCGAAGCUGAGUCCGACGAGGAGCAUCAGGAGCAAGCCCCACAGGCUUUCAAGUUUGACGAUGCCUUCGAUGAUGAAGAAGAGGCCGAUGAGGUAAAUGAUCAGCAGCUGAUGGAGGUUGACGAGGGACCCUCCAACGCUGUCAUUUUGCACGAGGACAAACAGUACUACCCCAGCGCACAGCAAUUAUAUGGCGCCGACGUUGAGACUAUGGUUCAGGAGGAAGAUGCGCAGCCACUGUCCGAACCGAUCAUCGCCCCCGUCCAACAGAAGAAAUUUGCAAUCGCGGAAACUGAUCUUCCACCCGUUUGCUACUCCCGGGAAUUCUUGUCAGAUUUGCUCAAUUUUCCCGACCAAAUACGAAAUGUCGCGAUAGCAGGCCAUCUGCACCAUGGCAAAACCGCCUUCAUGGAUAUGCUCGUGAAACAAACUCAUGACUUGACGGAGCGGCUAGAGAAGCGCAUCGGCAAGCGAAGGGAGGAACAACUUCGAUACACCGAUGUCCAUUUCUUGGAGCGUGAGCGCGGUCUUUCAAUCAAGUCAGCACCCAUGAGUUUGCUUCUCCAAGGCACCAAGGGCAAAUCGCACCUUCUCAACAUCAUUGAUACACCUGGACAUGUGAAUUUUGUGGACGAAGUGGCGGCGUCCAUCCGUCUAGCCGAUGGUGUCGUCCUCGUAGUUGAUGUUGUCGAGGGCGUUCAAGCUAACACCGAGCAAAUUAUCAAGCAUGCAGUUUUGGAGGAUAUCCCUUUGACUCUGGUUGUGAACAAGAUGGACCGACUCAUUUUGGAGCUCAAGCUGCCACCGAAUGAUGCCUACUUCAAGCUGAAGCAUGUGAUCGAAGAAAUCAACACCGUCAUUGAGAAUAUUCUUCCGGGCCAGGGUGAGCGACGUCGCCUGAGCCCUGAGAAAGGAAAUGUCGCCUUCGCCUCCAGCUCGAUGAACUGGUGUUUUACCUUGCAGUCUUUCGCGCGGAUGUACGCGGAUACUUACCCGAAACUCGACUCGACAGAAUUCGCUGCGCGCCUCUGGGGAGACAUCUUUUACAAUCCCCGAAGUCGCAAAUUUACCCGAAAGGGCGUGGAAGAAAAUUCCAAGCGUGCGUUCGUGAAAUUCGUUCUGGAGCCAAUUUACAAACUGUACUCUCACACAAUCAGCGAGAGUCCCGAAGAUCUCAAGGAGACAUUGGCAAGCGUGAAUGUUAGCUUGAAGCCAUCGCAAUUGAAAUUGAAUGCUACUGAGUUGCUGAACCUUGUUUGUGAACAAUUCUUCGGCCCUCCCACUGGAUUUAUCGAUAUGAUUGUGCAGCAUGUUCCCUCCCCGGUGGAUGGUGCCCAAAGGAUGUUAGAGCGCUACUACACUGGUCCAUUAGAUACCAAACUUGCAGCUUCUAUGAUGUCCUGCAACCAGGAGGGCCCUCUGGUGAUUCAUGUCACCAAACUUUUUAGCAGCACUGAUGCUACAAGUUUCUCCUCAUUUGGAAGGAUAUUGAGCGGCACUGCUCGCCCGGGCCAGCAGGUUCGUGUCCUUGGAGAGGGCUAUACCCCUGAGGAUGAAGAAGACAUGGUUGUUGCCACUAUUUCGGACACAUGGAUUGCUGAGACUCGUUAUAACAUACCAACCGACGGCGUUCCCGCUGGUAACUGGAUCCUUCUUGGCGGUGUGGACAAUUCCAUUGUCAAGACAGCAACACUGAUUGCCCCCAAGCUUGAGGAUGAGGAAGACGCGUAUAUCUUCCGUCCAAUCCGCCACAUGACUGAAUCGGUGUUCAAGGUUGCGGUGGAACCAGUCAACCCGUCCGAGUUACCCAAGAUGUUGGAUGGCCUGCGUAAGAUCAAUAAGAGUUAUCCUCUGAUCUCCACGAAGGUUGAAGAGUCAGGUGAGCACGUCGUCCUAGGAACCGGCGAGCUCUACAUGGACUGCGUGCUACACGAUCUCCGACGCUUAUACUCCGAGAUGGAAAUCAAGGUUUCCGACCCAGUCACUCGAUUUUGUGAGACAGCGGUGGAAACAUCGGCCAUUAUGUGCUACUCAAUCACUCCGAACAAGAAGAACAAGAUCACCAUGAUUGCGGAGCCGUUGGAUGAUGGCAUCGCAGAGGAUAUCGAAAGUGGUCGAGUCAGCAUUAAGGACCCAAUCCGGAAGGUUGCUCGCUACUUCGAGGAUAACUAUGAUUGGGACAAGCUGGCUGCCCGUAGCAUUUGGGCGUUCGGGCCCGACGAGAUGGGUCCCAAUAUUCUACAAGACGACACAUUGCCCUCUCAAGUGGACAAAAAGCUUCUUGGAACCGUGCGAGACUCGAUCACCCAGGGUUUCAGUUGGGGCACAAGGGAAGGCCCAUUAUGUGAAGAGCCAAUUCGCAACACCAAAUUUAGGCUCACUGAUGUGUCCCUUGCCGAUCAGGCUAUCUAUCGCGGCGGCGGCCAGAUCAUUCCUACCGCUCGCCGUGCUGUAUAUUCCUCCUUCCUGAUGGCUUCCCCCCGUCUUAUGGAGCCUAUAUACUCCUGCAUCAUGACCGGCCCCGCAGACGCUGUCGCCUCGGUAUACACCGUCCUGUCUCGCCGACGAGGCCACGUCCUGUCCGACGGACCCAUUGCCGGAACCCCACUUUACUCUGUACGUGGAUUGAUCCCUGUGAUCGAUUCAUUUGGUUUUGAGACAGAUCUUCGAAUUCACACGCAAGGCCAGGCCAUGGUCAGCCUGGCAUUUGAUAAGUGGAGUGUGGUCCCUGGAGAUCCGCUGGACCGUGACGUCAAGCUCAAGCCCUUGGAACAAGCGAGUGCCAUGACCACCGCCCGGGACUUCGUAUUGAAGACUCGACGGCGCAAAGGUUUGGCAGAGGAUGUGACGAUUAGCAAGUUCCUGGAACCGGAACUUUGGAAGGGCCUGCACGAGAGUGGUGUUUUGGACUCAUGA